CCUCUUUGUGCUUAGCAGCGCCAAACAGCUGUUCAAACAUGUGUCUCGAUGGCGUUCGUAAACACAAAAUAUCACUGAAGAACCUUACAAAUAGUGAAAAAAUCCCCCAUUCAGUGCUGUUUGUGAAUGGGGAAAUUGGUGAAAAGUGCUCCCGCAACUCCCUCUCAAUCACUCUCAACAGUGAGUACCGUGAAAAUUGCCCCGUGUCCCAAAUAAACAGUGAGUUUAAAUGCCUUCUCGAACUCAGUGUUGGCGUAAACAAAUUAACACUAAAUUACUGCGAUAUCGAGCUCUCAAUUGAUUUAAAUCACGUUGUAAGUGACAAUCCAAAGACUGUGACUCCCCUGUACAUUGUGGCCAAGGACCACGAUGGUACCUUUCAGGCGAGAGAGAGAAAUUCUCCUGAAAAUGCCUGCGCGAGAAUCACGCUUGGCAUCCGGAUGAUUCAAAUGAUUUUUGCGGAGAAACUCCGGGCACCAGACGGAUCCGGAAGGAAGACAUUCAAUCUCAGUGGAGAUUGUCAACCAUUCCACAGUGAUUUAUCCAUAGAGGAAGCUUGUGGAAUGACUGAGAGUCAAUUAUGGUCCUUCUUUGCCCGCGAGCUUAUCGACCGAAUGCCCGACUGCCAAAACCGCAAAUUCGUGGCAUUCAUCGGAUGUACCCGAUACCAUGGCUCAAAGGACGCUGACUACUCGUACGAGAGUAUUCGAGCGGCAACUGUGGCCAAUGCGGCUCUCGCAAGUGGUGGCUUAGCACUUCUCGGUUCUGGCACCCUGUUCUCCUGGCCAGAGCGUCUAUGUGAUGUGCGUGUGUACCUUGAGGAUGAAACCUGUGUACCAUUGGAUGAACUUAUGGAUGAUAGUGGGUAUCGUAGGACUUUUGGGGGGUGUUUUGCCACAAGUCUGGGGAGUCUUUUGCACGAGAUGGGUCACAUUUUUGAUCUAGCUCACUGCGAUGAGGGUAUAAUGGGAAGCAAUUGUGACAGAUUGGACCAGAUGUUUACCCUAAAGGACUUUCACACGAAAUAUGGAUCUCUUCCCAAGCGCAAAGUUCCCACAGGACGCGAAUGGGGGGCAAAGUGUACGGUUGUUAGGCGACCCGGAGGCAAUGUUGGUGCUUUUAGUAAAAUGUCCCAUUCGGGUGGCGUUUACUUUACGGAAAAUUUCUUAAUUCUCCUGGCCAACCACAAAUGGUUCAAUGAAUCCACUGGGUUACAGUUAGAUGCUGGAUUAGUUUUUAAUGCUAAAACACGAGAGAUUUGUGGCAAAUAUCCCCUAAAAUUGGUGGAAAUGCGAAAUGUUUCGGGACUUGUCGAGCGUUACUGGAUAAUUUCCACAUCAAUGGAUACAAAUAAUGUUUAUUUCACAUUUCCACCACAUAUUCAAUUGAUAAAAUGCACAAUUUUUUGUAUUGAUGUUUUUGGAAAUACUUUAAAUUUAACCUUUAAUUGAUUCAUUUUAAAUUAUUAAUUCACAUGACAACUUUGAAUAUAGUAACCAAAAUGUAUUUAAUAAAAUAAAUAAAAAGCAUCAUGAAAAAAUCAA